CUUUUUAUUUUUCUUCGUUUUUGGGGGAUUGUUGGGGGGAGUCUAGCUGGGGAAGGAAGGGAAGGGAAAGAAUGAAAUGGAUCGGAUAGAGGGGUAUGGACAGAUGGUAUCAUGUCGCGUGGAUUCGCUGUUCACGAUUGAUCGGUUUGCGAGAUGCGUGCAAAAUUCCUGUGGGCGCGAUCGGUCGUUGACUGUCUUGUUCACCCCGCUAUCUGAGAUCUGGUCCGAGCUAGAUGGGAUGGAUGGGGAUUUCUUUUUGGGCAGGAUGUUUACACUGAAAUGAAUUAUGUCGCUAACGAGCUUACUCUUACAGGAGGCAAGGGCACUCCCCGCCGCAAGGUCAAGAAGGUCCACAAGUCGUCCGGUGCCGACGACAAGAAGCUGCAGGCCACGCUCAAGAAGAUGAACGUGCAGCCGAUCCAGGCCAUCGAGGAGGUCAACAUGUUCAAGGAGGAUGGCAACGUCAUCCACUUCGGUGCCCCCAAGGUCCACGCCGCCGUCCCCUCCAACACCUUCGCCCUCUACGGCCACGGCGAGGAGAAGGAACUCACCGAGCUGGUCCCCGGCAUCCUGAACCAGCUGGGCCCCGACAGCCUGGCCUCCCUCCGCAAGCUGGCCGAGAGCUACCAGAACAUGCAGAAGAGCCAGGCCGGUGCCGAGGGCAAGAAGGACGAGGAUGAUGACGAUAUCCCGGAUCUGGUCGAGGGUGAGAACUUUGAGAACAAUGUUGAGUAAAGGAACCGCUUUUCUUUUUUCUAUUUAAAUGAAUGAGCAACUUUAAAAAUUCCAUCACAUUGGUUUAUCUUUUUUUUUUCUUACUUGAUUUUUUC